AUGAGUGGGCACCGCAACCCCAGCCGGCUGUGCACGAAGCAGAUGCCGACCGCUGAGGUUGCGCGGAUGGUGAAUGAGAUCUCCGACCUCAAGUCUUGUUCUUGUCGUGAUGCGACUCCCUUCUGGUGUGUAGAUCUAUAUGUCCCCGAGGCGACGGCCGCCAUCCUAGGGCCGGGUGGUGACUACCUGCCGGACAGGGCGGUGAGUGACCUGGACGACCCCGACUUGGGGGCGGCCGCCCUGGCGGACGACGCAACAGGCAGCAGCGGCGGAGCAGGUGGCUCCGAGGAAAGCGGCGGUGUGGAGACCUGGCCCGACGACGACGACGAUGAAGACGAGCCGCGCCCCACCCGAAGCACCGCCAACACCGGCGCAGGCCCCUCUACUGGGCCGCCCGCCUGUGGCGGCAAGUGCAAGCGGAAGCAGGGUGCUGCCCUAUUUGGCAGCGCCCUGAAGAAGCCCAAGAACCCGGCCGCGGCAACCCGGCAGAAAGAAGCCGCGGCCAAGGUGGCCAAAUAUCAGAGGCAGCCGAAGGCGACAGAGCAGAACACGCGGGAGGCGCGUGAGGAAGUGGCCGACCGUCUGGCCAAGGAGCAGGCAGACAAGGCCGCGGCGUCUACUGAGAGGGCGCUGGCGCAGGCGGAGGCCGAAGCUGCAGAGAAGGAGCGGCUCGCGGAUGCCGGGCGCUGCCAAGAGCCGCUGCUCGUGAUGCCCCUGAACACUGCGCCGCCUCCACCUGAGUUUGUGGCGACGGCCGGAGGAGCUGGCGACGAUCAUCCGACCCGGGAGCGGGAGGGCGGCGACGUGGCCAUGCCAGGCGUCUUUGUGCCGCCGCCGCCGCCACCAACAGCCAGCGGGACGCAGGACGAGCAGCCGGCCGCGCCGCCGGUGCCACCGGUCGAAAACACGGUGGUGACGGACCUGAUUCCUGAGGUCCGCACACCCGCGCGCCGCCGCCUUGGGAAGGCGGCCUCAGCACUGCAGCCGCAGGAGACCGGCGCCACGAGCUCAUCGGUCCCUGACGCCGAGACGACCGGUGUCGCGUCCGCAGGCUGGAUACACAGGGGCGGAACGGGCGCCCUGCACCAGGCGUCCCUUGACAUCCAAGCCAAACUCCGGGCUGAAGCCGAGGCCCUCAAGCGCUGCAACGAGGACUACCACAAUCUUCGCGCCAUCUCGUUCAACUCCAGGGUUCGGGAGCUGGAGACGCAGACCGCCCAUCUAUCCAAGAGCCGGAAGGCCAACGCCGCCUUGCAGCAGCAGGUGGGCGAGGCCAACACCGCUCUGCGCAGCAAGGAGGCGGAGUGCAGCAAGCUGGCUGAAGAGCGGGACCGGCUGGCCGCCAAGCUUGCCGAGCAGACGGAGGCUCUCGAGAUGGCUCGGCGGGAGGCAAGGGCGAAGGAGGCUGACCUCCUUGCCGAGUUCGAAACCGAGCGCGCCGCCUGGGCUGACAAGGAGGCGCAGACGACGGCCUGCUUCAGCAGCAUCGAGGACCUGGUCGACGAUUUCUUCCCGGGUCACUCUGUCGCCGCGAACCAAGCCAUCGAGGCCCAGUGCGAGGAGCGGAGGGCGGAAGGUGCGCAGAUCGCUGCUGGCGCCCCCCGGACCCUCAGUGAGCAGAUCCUCAACAUCCAGGCCCGUCUUCGCCCCGCCCAUCAAGUGAUGCGCCGGCUUCACUCCAGCGCCCAGCCGGAGCCGCCUGCCGCGCCAACUGGUACUGCCGACCCCAGCGUCCAGCCGGAGCCGCCUGCCGCGCCAACCGGCACAGCUGACUCCGUCAUCCAGUCGGCGCCGCCUGUUGCACCAACUGGCACUGCCGACCCCAACGCCCAGCCGGAGCUGCCUGCUGCGCCAACCGGCACAGCUGACCCCGUCAUCCAGUCAGCGCCGCCUGCUGCACCAACUGGCUCUGCCGACCCCAGCGCCCAGCCGGAGCCAUCUAUUGCACCCUAG